AUGGCAACCUUUGCCUCUCGUGCUGCGCAAUUCAUCAACAGCCCAGUUGGUCCAAAGACAAUACACUUCUGGGCUCCCACAUUCAAGUGGGGCAUUAGCAUUGCAAAUGUGGCAGACUUUAAGCGCCCAGCUGAUCAGGUAUCAUACCCACAGCAGUGUGCCGUGACUGCAACUGGCGUGAUCUGGACCCGUUUUGCAACUGUGAUCAAUCCGGUGAACUACAAUCUGAUGUCUGUGAAUUUCUUCAUGGCUUUGACUGGCCUCUACCAGCUUGGACGGAAGCUCCGGCAUGACUACGGGCAGCCAGCGGGGUUGGCAGCUGCAGAGCCGAGCAGCACAGGAGACAAGACAGCUUGA